GUUCGAACACAUUUUCCUCUUCCCCAGACUUUCUAUUUUCACUUCAGCCAACUCGUCAUGUCUCGCAUGAGCUUUGACCUCGACCGCCAAUUCUCGCGACCCUGUGCCAUUUUCCUUGGUGGUCUGUCCACUCGAGUUGCAGCCGUUGUAGAAGCCUCAGUUUCAUCAGCCACUUUCCGCUGCACACGGUCACGUUUGAGCAAUGCAACACCAUCGAUCUAUUCUCAUGAAUGGCUCCAUUUGUCUCUACAACUAUCAUUGCGUAUGAGAUGGCAUGUUGUAUAAGUAGGUAGGUCGUGUCGUGAGAUGUCUCCUUCCCAUCAUCAUCUCAACAUUCAACAACGCAAUCACUGCAAGCAUUUCCGCAUCUCUCUUAUUUCUUUAGGAACAAUCGUUUAACAAGCUCAUAAUUCUUGCCACAUUCGCUACAAAUCUAUACAGCCAUUUCCAAGGUUUGCACUCAUCUUAACAAGCUUCUCAACAAACAACAAAGCAAGCAUGCAUUUCUCAAUCCUCAUUGCGGCUCUUGCCACCAGCACUUUCGCUUUCCCCCUUAACGCUAGGGAUGAUGCCGACAACAACGGAGCUACCACCACUACGACCUCCGCCGCUUCGACAACCACUUCUUCUCUCUACUGUGGCUAUGGAACAGCCUUGGACGGCUCGUGCAACCAACCAACAACGACCACCACUACUACAUCCAGCACAAGCACAUUCUACUGUGGCUUUGGAACAGCCUUAGAUGGCUCGUGCAAUCCACCAACGACAAGCACCACUACUACAUCCAGCACCAGCACGUUCUACUGUGGCUUUGGAACAGCCUUAGAUGGCUCGUGCAACCAACCUACCAGUACGACCACUUCUUCAAGCACAUCUACUCACUGGUGUGGUUACGGAACCGCUGCAGACGGCUCUUGCAACCAACCUACCAGCACGACCACCACCACGGCCUCAACCAGCUCCACCACAACCAGCAGCUCUUCUACUACCACUACUUCGACUACCUCCACCACAUCCACCAGCACGACUACAACUACCCCAGUCUCUCACUACUGCGGCUAUGGGACUGCUUUGAAUGGUAAAUGUGUCGCUCCCACCACGUCAACAACAUCUACCAGCAGCUCGGCGACUACCACGAUGAGCACCAGCACCACCAGCACCUCAACCAGAUCCCACGGCAAGUGCAAGCCAACAUCCAGCCCUGUCAGCUCGUCUUCUUCCACAACACCUGCGACGACCACGACCACUUCCACAACUACUCCCAUCCCAGCACCUCCUCAGCCAACCACCACAGUCGUCACUACUUCUGGCUGCCCUGCUCCAGUCACGGUCACUGUCACUGCCACACCAACCUGGCACCACGGUAACUACUACCGACCCGGCCAAUGCCACAACUGCCAGACUGUCACCUACACUGACCUCCAAGGAGCUGCAAUCACCAUGGCUCUGCCACCAAAUCCCUGGGCCAGCGCCGCUUUCACCCCCUCAGCAAAAUUCUGGGCCGGCCACCACGAGUGAUCAGGACAGGGGAGUAAGAAGAUGGUAGAAACCACCCGGGGCCUCUAGAUUAGAAUUGUGCUUUUCAGUUGUUGCAUGGCGCGGCGUUUGCAUUGUACUUGACAUUUAGCAGCAUAGCGAGUGGUUGGGGAGUGUUUUUUGCAAACAGUCUUAUUAUAUAAUCUUGAAAAAUCUAUAUUUUGAAAAUGCCA